ACCUGAAGUCCAACUCCUCAUCUGAACAGCAGAAAGAAAGCAUGAAGACUCUUCUGAUUGCAGUGCUGCUGACACUGGCAGUGGCCAACGGGCUGGCACUGGAGUGUAGACGCUGUGUUCCGUCCACGCCAGGUGGGCGCUGCACUGUUACCACGGAGACAUGCCCGUCAAACAUGGACGCAUGUGUGGCCGCCAGGUUCCUGAUUCAGCCCUUCUCGUACUUCAACAGGUGCAUUAAGAUGUCGGACUGCAGGAUCCUCCAGUCGAGCCCCUACAUUAAGGCCAACUGCUGCCAGACCGACCUCUGCAACAUAUCCAGCCUCUAGAGCCAGGGUUGCCACAUGAGACCGAUUUACAGCCCAAAAAAAGGUCAAAACCUGCCUGGAAGCACUAAAUCCAGCACAAUUUGAACUAUAUAAUAUUGAUUUUUUUUAUUGUCAUAACUCGUCAGAAAAGCCUGCCCAAAUGCCAUUUUUACCCGCAGACGGCCGUUCUAAGCAGCCCAGUUGGGCAGGAGAUCGCCCAAUCUGGCAACAUUUUAGUUUAGAUCAAAGCUGUGAUUAUCAAAUGCUAACUGCUGCCAGACCAACAGCUGCAACUUCUCCAGCCUUGUUAAGCCUGAGAUCCCUAACCUCACCUAACCCUAACUCUGCUAUUUUCUAUUCGG